AUGGUCCGUGGACCAUGCCCUGCAUUGAACAGUCUCGCAAAUCAUGGCAUACUUCCUCGCAACGGAAAGCGGAUGACUUAUCCGACCUUGCUUAAAGGCAUAUUGGAGGGGUUGAAUGUUGGAUUUGAUCUCACACUUGUUGCUGGCACCGGGGGGAUGAUAGGGGCGAAAAAUCCACUUCAGCUCUACUUCAACCUAGAUGAUCUCGCUAAUCACGACUUCUUCAACGCGACGAUUUGGCAGAGCGUCCUCGACUACUUCAUCGACGACCGCACUGGAACCCUCGAGUUGAUUGGAUCAGGAUUUUCUUCGAGCAAGAACGGUUGCCAUAUCUUGAGGGAUGGCAGCGACCAUCGAAACAAACGAAUGCGCUAA